UAAAUUUAUUAUUAUUGAACACACACUUCAUUCACAUUAUGAAAAGAUAUUAUAUCAAUAAUUUUUACAAUCAAUGUAGAGCUCAUCCAAUAAUAUGUAUUCUUAUUCAUUCCCUUUUGCUCUUUAGUGAACAAAUAACUUUGUAAAUUACCUCCUUAAUAACUUUCUUCAUAAAAUCCAAAGAAUUAUAAUGUGCAAGAUUGAUGCUAAUCAAUAAUAAUUACAAUCAAGAUAACAAGAAAAACUUAUUGGAUAAUAAUACAAAUUUUUGCAAUGUUAUAAAUAUAGAUGGCUUCUCUAAAAAUUAUCCUCAGUAUAUUUUAUCAUCUGAACCCUCAACCAUUAUUUAUAAACAUUCAAACACACUGAAUAAUCUGACAACAAAUUUAAACAAUUUUGAUCAUUUUAGCAACAAUAUCCCCAAUCAUCUAUUUGAUAAGAAUAGCUUAAAUAAUUGGGACCCCUUAUUGAACAUUGACAAUAGUGGGAUAGACAGAAGGCAUACAUCCUUCAAUCAGGAUCAAUCGGUGAGAAGGAUGGAUGAAUUCAGGAGACGGCAUGAGGAAUGUGCCAUUAGACAGGAAACAUUUCUAGAAGAUUCCAACCUCAAAAGCAGGACAGAAAAUGUCAGGCUCUACCAAGUUUAUCUCGAAAACAAUGCGGCUGAUGCCAAAAAAGUUGGCACUAAUAAUUCCAAUUCACAGACCAACAAUCAAAAUCAAACCUAUAACGUUUAUCAAUCUCAACCCACUUCCGCUCAAUACUGGAAUCCAGUUGAUUCCGCCGAUACUUACAUGCCCGAAAUGGUCAAGACAAAGCCACACAGUGGGUUACCUUCAUCUUACUAUUACAAACCCAACCCUCUUCUUCUGAGUGGUCAUCCCCCCUUGAAGCCUUCACCCUCUACAACACAAUUAUCUUCUUUCUAUAAUAACAAUAACAACUCUGCGCCUCAAUACUACACAGAACCCUACAACUAUGCUCCGGCGUAUGGUUCUUCAGGUCCUUUGCCUUACACUCCACCAUCUUCUUCAUUCGAUCAUCGUAGCGCCUAUCCGCCCCCUCGACAAGAGACUCCUUAUGACUAUUACAACAACAACCACUUGCAACAUGUCGUGCAGAACCAAUCUCAACGCCUCAAUAAUCCCGGAGGUACAGGUCUCGCCCUUAAACCAGAGAAGCAGCGCCCUCCUGUCCUUACCCCACACACAGGAAACGCCAGCAAAGAGGAAAAAGCCGCGGCUCGUAAACUAUACAGACAAAAUCUGAAGGCCUUGAAAGGAAACGCUGCAACUGCAUCUUGUUCCCCACUCGAUCCCGCCCGCAAACGUAAACAAGACCCCUCCGACCAGUCUCAGCCAACUAAAAAGAGAAAAAAUAACAAACAGACUCCAGCUAACAAAUCCGAUCCAUCUCACUUAUCCAAAGCUUCCUCCGCAUCGCUCAACAACGGUUGUGGUGGUUUACUCCAUUCCAUGCUUGACCACCCUCCACUAACUUCCUCUUUCACUUCAACACAUCAUGUCGAAAACGAUCUCUAUCCUGCCCGCCGAAACCCCAGAUUCGAUGAUUCCUUCAACAACGCACAAAAUAAUGGUAACACCGGUAACAAUAUCCAAGCGUUCCUCGACACUUAUCAGAUCACAGAGGAUUGUAUAAAUGAGGACGCCUUCCAGGACAUUCUGCUCGGAACAGGUGGAGAUGAACCUUCUGGACUAGGACCCUAUCCCCUUGAUCCCUCGUCCGCAGGCUUUAUCAAUAAUGGCAUAACGGCUAGAUCAUAUCUCUCUGCUGCGGGUAGCGAUAGACGUGCUCCAUCUUAUUAUGAUAGCAAGCGCCCAUCUUCGCUCCUUGAGGAGCCACCAGAAGAGAAUCACUUGGUAAAGAUGAACAGGCUGGUCAACGCCGAUGAUAAUGUGGAUAUGCGACCUCGUCAGAUUCUCAAUACCUCUACCACCAACUCUGCUACCAAAGGUCCAGCCAAAAAGACUAACGCAGGUCGUAAACGCCUUAACUCUAAAUCCUUGUCUUCCUCCAUCGUUAAUGGUGAUUCCUAUGAUCCCUCAAGGCACAACAUCAUUACUAAAAUGAAAGAUUCCGAAGAAAAUACCGAAUAUGUAGAAAACAAAUUCAAUCCCUACAACAUUGGAUGCGGCGAUACUACGAAUCGAUAUCGCGCUCCUUUCGAUUUCGAGAGGCCCACCCAGCACCAAGAUUCCAUACGAUUUUAUCCACAGCCGCAUAUGAUGCAGCGAAAUCUGAAACCUAACAAUCUUAAGAUUACGGUCGGUUACCCACCACCUUUUACUAACAAUAGGGCUCAAGUUUAUUUUGACCAAAAUCCUACUGUCAACAAUCCCCCGUUCCCCGUCAUCAACAAUAAUGUAAGACAACAAGAUCCUUACGCCUUUGCUUCAGGCCAUCACCAAGGUAAUCCAUACAUUCAUGCAGAUUAUAGGCAACCUCACCCCUUCGAUAACACGGAGUCCCCAUCCGUUCAAUCACACAAUAAUAAAGAUGCUUCCCAGAACAAUUACGGGCAUAACAAUAACUUUCACGGCGGUCACGUUCAUCCCAACCAUCCAGCUAUUAAUAAUAAGGAGUGGCUUAAUUACGGCCACAACAACUUUAAUGCUCUUAACAAUAGUAACAUGAAUAUGCCCGCGCCCGGGAGUUUAAAUAACUACAAUCUCUCUUCUACUACCUGUAUAAACGACAACAAAAUGGUUCAUCCGAGGGGGGCUCGAUUUUUUUUGGACAAAAAUUACGAACACGAUCCAAUCAAUAAGAAAAACAACUUGGCCUCUUCGAACGUGAAUCAACACCAAUUUUACAACACCUUGCCGCACCACCCUUCCCCACCUUUGUUGGCCAAUAACCCAGCGCCAGCUUUUACUCAACACCAACAAAAUUCUCCGUAUGCCAAUCCUGGCCAUUUGCACAUCCCUUCUAGCCUUCCUAAGACCACUACCAUUUACGUAACUGUUGAACCGCACAAAUGGAACGCGAACUACAAUAGAAACUCUAAUAGUUUUAUGGGUUCUUCUGGCAACAAUAAAAUGUACCAACCUCCCAAUUUCGUGCCUCAUCCAGCCGAUGACAAUAUAAUCAAGCCCAAUAAUCUUGGAACACCUAUAGAUCAUAUGCACAUUAAAAUGAGUUCUAUACCUCCCUUGGACCAACAGAUUUCAAGUAUUAAAGAGGGGGGGUCAAUGACGAAAAAUUUUCAAGAGAACGUCUGCUUGACAGGUGCACUCAAUGCUUCAGCCCUCAAACAACCAUCCCGACCCUACAAUUUACUCGAAAACUCUCUUUUCCCAGGAAACGUUGUUAAUGUGAACGUUAGUUGUGCCACUCCUAACCUUAUCCUUCACAAAGAUCAGCCGGCGCCUCCGUUCAAUAUCCCCUCUCUGGUAGACGAUCUAGACUCCCUUCUAGGUUCUUCUUCAAACAACGAAACCGAACAUGCCGGAAGUCUGUUGGAGCAUUCCUCCGGAAUCGCGUCGUGCUCUUCUUCCCUUUCCAGCACGAGCACUAACGCAACCACAGAAGAUUUGCUUCAACAACAGCUCAUACAUGAGCGAUGUAUUCUCCACGAAUUCGCGGCUACCGCUGAUUUCUUUAGCGCAUAAAUGGGGUGGAAACGCCGUCAAUUUUACAUCUACUUAAAAAAGAAAGAUGUGGUGUUCUUUUAUAAAACUUAGGCCUCAGCCAUAACAUAUUAUAAUACUCUCUAUCUUUAGUGAUUUUUCUGUAUCUUGGUAUAGAGAUGAUAUAAUAUAUGACUUUAACGUCUUUAUAAUAGCGUUUGACGAAUAUGCAAUCAAUCGGUAUAUUAGUUUACCUCGAUCAAUUUUUAUACAAGGAUUUCUAACCACACUUCAUGCGUCCUAACCAUUUUAAGGAUGUCGGUUAACUCCUCUAAGUGCUCAAAGCAUUUGUCGACCAUUUAUCUCCCAAUUUAAUAAAAAUCUCAGAUCAUUACACGAUUUCGAUUGGUGUAUUAUACAUGUAAGUUAACUUGCGCGUGCUCAAGCCUACCAAUCUGACUCAAACAACACACUAAUAUAUCCCCAGCAUUUCAUUAUUAUUAAAUCUACACUUUAAACUUAUUGUUUUAUGUUUUUAUUUAUAAAUAAUCAAUAUUUUUUAUUUUCUUUCAAUAUUUAAGGGGGGGGGGAAUUAUUGCUAAGAGGGAAUAAUAUGUAAUGAAAGAAUUCUUAGAUUAUAGAUACGCAAAUAUCUAUUUUCUUUAAUUUUUGAAUACAUUAAAAAUCAAGUAUAUCAAAUUGAUAAUAUAUAAAAAAUAAUUAUAUUUUAUUUUGAUAACGGUUUUACAUGUAUUAAUAAAUUUAUUUAUUCUUCCUUAUUUUUAUAACAAAUAAAAAUAUUUAAAUAAUCAAUAAUUUAUUAGAUCAAUAAUUUCACGAUAGAAAUUAACCAAAUGUUUAGCAUACUUAUUUAAUUAAAUUUCUUGAUCAACUUCGUAUUAAACGCCUUCAAAAAUAAUGGAAAAAUCUAUAGUUCGAUAUUGGUUAUAAAGGAUCAAUUUAAAAUGUACUUUAACAUGGAGGACAUCAUGUCCAAGCGAUUUUGUCAUUUCGCAUAUUUUAAAAAUUGAAUUAUAUGUGGAGAAUUUAUUAUGUAGAUAAUUCAUUAUAAAAUCUGACUAUAUUGUUUUAUAAAUAAUUUUGCUUUUUAUUCCAGUAUAAUAUUUAUCUUAUUUUCCCUGCAUAUUUAUUUAUAUUCUAAAUUCAUUAUAUAACACACUAUAAUUUAUUUAGUUUAAAUUUAAAUACAUUUUUUUUAAAGGUAAUUUAUAAAAUUGUAUUAUAUUUUUUUUUACAUAAUAUUUAUUUAAAUCAAUUAUUUCUAAUUUUUAGAUAUUAUAUUAUAAUAAAUUUUUAAACAAUAAUAUUUAAAUUUUGCAGCAUUAAAUUUUCUCUUCAAAAUAUGAACAAUAAAAGAAAUGACCAAUAAUAAUAUUAUUAUUUUUUUAUACACAUUACAAUUAUAAAAUAUUAAAUAUAACCCUUUUUAUACCUAUAAAGAUUUUUUUCAAUCAACAUAAAUUCAUUUUGUACAUAUAUUUAAAUUAUCAAUUGAAACAUUGGUCUUAAAAACUAGAUUGUAUAUUUAUUUUUAUUUGUUCAUUAUAUAAAGAUAAAUAACAUCGAAUUAUGUUAUAUUUCUCAAUUUUUUUUUAAACCUUUAAUUUCUAAAUAAUUGAUAUCUUUUUAUUAUAUUAAUUAUGAAUGUGAGGAAAACUAUGAUAUACU